AUGACGAGCGACGAAGAGUCUUCACGGGUUAAUAUGCCAUACCUUCCAGAUGAUUUACUGUUGAAUUGCUUAGCUCGCGUCUCGAGAUUGUAUUACCCGAUUCUCUCCUUAGUCUCCAAGAGAUUCCGCUCUCUCAUUGCAUCGCAUGAGCUUUACCAGAUCCGAACACUCUUAAGGCGUACCGAGAGUUGUCUUUAUGUGUGCUUACGUUUAAGUUCUGGUUCUAAGCAACGUUGGUUCACUCUAAGCCAAAGACCAACUCGAGUACCUAACCCUAACCCUAACCCUAGCUCAGGAUGUUUCACUCCAUGCUUUAGACUAUGCACUCGGAUGGAAGAUAAGAAGCCGAGCGGCAAUCUUCUGGUCUCAGUCCAAGCAACACACAAUUCUUCUCCUCUGUUUUGGCAGGCUCGUGCCGCAAUUGGCUCUAAUAUCUACACCAUUGGCGAGUCAUCUUCUAAGGUCUUCUUCUUGGACUGUCGGUCUAACACUUGGCACGAAGCUCCAAGCAUGCAGAUUGCCCGAAGAUACCCCGUCAUAAGGGUUCUUAAUGGGAAACUACAUGUAUUGGAAAUCGGGAUGGUUCACGAUCCCUCGAAUUCCAUGGAGAUUUUCGAUCCGAAAACCCAAGUGUGGGAGCAUGUGUCGUGCCCUAGAGCAGAGAUACUUGGCCAGAGUUCAGGAUUCAGAAUCUUAGCCAAAGAUGGAAAGUUUUACGUGUUUGGGGAUAAAAAUAUGGUUUACAAGCCUGAGGAAAACAAAUGGAGUGUGGUACAAGAUUUGGAUAUGCGUUUGAGUUGGGCUCCCUAUACUUCUUCAUGCGUCAUAGAAAACGUAAUGUACAGCUCAAAAAUGUCUAGAAGGCUUAAAUGGUACGACUCCGAGAGAAAACUGUGGAGAGGUUUGAAAGGUUUGGGAAAACUUCCUAAAUUACCAAAUAGGUACAGUCGUGUUAGGUUGGUAAACUAUGGUGGAAAGAUCGCAGUUUUGUGGGAUAAGAAAGUGCGUGCUAUUGGCUCAGACAAGAAGAGGAUUUGGUGUGCCGUGAUUGCUGUUGAAAGGCGUAGCAACGAGCAGGAGAUUUACGGGAAGAUUGAGUGGUGUGAUGUUGUGCUUACAGUCCCCAAGUCAUGUAAAUUAUUACAAAUUCUUGCUGUUACUGUCUGA